ACUCGACUGGGGCACAACGCAGGAGCAUUUGCCUGGUGAGUAAGGACUGCCUUUAUCCUGAAUGAGCCAUGGCCCAGUUUGGGGGACAGAAAAACCCGCCGUGGGCGACUCAGUUUGCUGCCACAGCUGUGUCUCAACCAGGCCACUCAGGACAGUCUCUUGACCUCAACAGUCUGCACUCUCUUGGGGUGCAGCAACCGUCUCUUUUAGGAGCAUCUCCAUCUGUUUACUCUCAGCAGUCAGCUUUGGCUGCUGCGUCUCUCAGCAACCAAUCUGCAGCAAAUUAUCAGCUGUCUCAGCAAACUGCUGCUUUGCAGCAGCAAGCUGCAGCAGCUGCAGCAGCAGCACUACAGCAGUCUCAGAUAAAUACAGCGCUCCAGCAGUAUCAGCAGCAGCAGCAGCAGCAACAGCAACCUCCCCAGCAACCCCCUCAACAGCAACUGUACAAUGUACCUCAUCAGCUUCCUCAGCCUCAGCAGGCUCUCAUCUCUCAGCCCCCCGUCGCAUUGCCCACCAGCCUGAGCUUGUCCAACCCCCAGCAAACAGCCCAGAUUACUGUAUCCUAUCCAACAUCUCGUUCAAGCCACCAACAGCAGCCACAGAAGCAACGAGUCUUCACUGGUGUUGUCAAUAAGCUGCACGAUACAUUUGGUUUUGUGGAUGAAGACGUCUUCUUUCAGCUCAGUGCUGUGAAAGGAAAAACUCCACAGGUCGGUGACAGGGUCCUAGUGGAAGCUGUGUACAACCCAAAUAUGCCCUUCAAGUGGAACGCCCAGCGCAUCCAGACUUUACCUCAGCUUGCAAAUCAGUCGCAUCAGCAGCAGCCUCCGCCUUUACCUCAAGCGUCCCCACAGCUCAGCAGCCUUUACAACGAGCCAGGGAUGCAGCUGCGCUACACAGACAUGCACUCUUCUGCAGACAACAGACAAAAUAGCCAGCCCCAGGCUCCUAACAUGAUAAAGCCAACCCCUGCCAUGCUGCAGUCGCUACCUCCCCCAACCACCUUGAGCUUUCCGCCCCAGGCUCCCCCACCCUCUCUGCUGCAGGCUCAGCUUUCUGCUGCCUCUCUGACCCCCCUCCUCCAAAACCCCCCUCAGCCUCUGCUUCCACAGCCUCCACCCAAAGAUGUUUUUCCUGGUGGUCUGCUUCAGGCUCCAGUAAGAAUCAUGCCACAGCCGCCGCCUGUUCGACGACUCGAGCCUCCGCCUCGUUUCCCCACUCGAACUGACCGUGGCCCUGAGCUUCUCCUCAGGGUUAAAGACGAACGCAGCAGAGACAGAGACCGUGAACGAAGGCGAUCGAGAGAGCGCUCCCCCACCCGCAAACGCUCAAGAGACCGGUCACCACGACGUGAGCGCUCUCCCAGACGGCCUCGCAGGGCGGUUCCUCGCUACACCAUCCAGUUUUCCAAGUUCAGCUUAGAUAGCCCAAGUUGCGACCUGAUAGAGCUGAGAACACGCUAUCAGAGUCUCUACAUUCCAAGUGACUUUUAUAACGCAGUCUUUACCUGGGUGGAUGCCUUCCCUCUUACAAGGCCCUUCCAGAUCAGUAAUGCCUGUAACUUCCACAUUUUGCAUAAGGAAGUGGAUCCUCUUGUCAAAAACACAGCUGUGCUGGAUCCGCCUGAUGUCAAUCACACCUACAGCGCUAAGGUGAUGCUGCUAGCUAACCCCAGUUUAGAGGAGCUCUAUCAUAAGUCGUGUGCUCUGGCAGAAGACCCCCAAGAAGUCAGAGAGUCUUUCCAGCAUCCUGCUAGACUUAUUAAGUUUUUGGUGGGCAUGAGAGGUAAAGACGAGGCCAUGGCCAUUGGUGGUCACUGGUCUCCCUCUCUGGAUGGAGAGGACCCAGAGAAGGAUCCGUCGGUCCUUAUUAAGACAGCCAUACGCUGUUGCAAGGCACUCACAGGCAUUGACCUUAGUCUGUGCACACAAUGGUAUCGUUUUGCAGAGAUUCGCUAUCACCGGCCAGAGGAGACACACAAGGGGCGGACAGUCCCUGCUCAUGUGGAGACAGUGGUUUUGUUUCUUCCGGAUGUUUGGCAUUGUCUUCCUACCCGCUCAGAGUGGGAGGUGCUGUCACGGCGACUCCGGGAGCAGCUGUCUGAGAAGCUGUCGGCCGAGCGAAAGGAGGCGGAUGGAGAACAGGAGGAAGAGGAGAAAGAUGAAGAUGAGUCAAAAGAUGUUAGCACUCCCACUCACUGGGCUAAACUCGAUCCGAAAUCAAUGAAGGUAAAUGACCUGCGUAAAGAGCUCGACUGUCGCGCUCUGAGCUCCAAAGGCCUAAAAUCCCAGCUCAUUGCUCGCCUCACCAAGCAGCUGAAGGUAGAGGAGCAGGUGGAGGAGUCUAAGGAACCAGAAAUACCAGAGAGCAAAGUUAUAGAGGAAGAAGAGCCGGUACGGAGCGAAGAUGACCGAGAGGAGGACGAAAGGAAAAGGAUGGAGGAGAUCGAACGGCAGCGGAGAGAAAGACGCUACAUUCUCCCCGAAGAGUCCACCAUCCUCGUUCACCCCAACUGGGCUGCCAAGAAUGGUAAAUUUGACUGCAGCGUCAUGUCGCUGAGCGUGCUGCUGGACUACAGAAUGGAAGACAACAAGGAGCACUCGUUUGAGGUGUCCCUGUUUGCUGAACUCUUUAAUGAGAUGCUCCAGAGGGACUUUGGCUACCGAAUAUAUAAAGCCCUCGCUGCUCUGCCUGCGAAGGAUGAGAAGAAAGAAAAAAAGGUGAAAAAGGAGUCAGAAAAGAAAGAAUCUGAAAAACGCGAAGUAAAAGACAAAGAGGAAGAAGGCGAGGAGCCAGCAACAAAGAAGACCAAAGAGGAUGAAGAUGAGAAGAGGAAGGAGGAUUCUCGAGACGAUGAGGAGAACGAAGACGAGAGCAGUACAACCAACGCAGAGGAAUAUGACCCCAUGGAAGCUGAAGAUGCAGAUGAUGAUGAGGAUGAUGGUGAUGACGACGACUCCAACGACAGAGACCGAAAAGACCGCCGAGAUGACCACAGGUCGUCAAAAGAAAGAUCCUCUAAAGACAAGGAGAAAAAGCAGAUGGUGACGCACAACAGAGAACUGCUCAUGGCGUUCGUCUACUUUGACCAGUGCCACUGUGGGUAUUUACAGGAGAGGGACCUGGAGAUCAUCAUGUACACACUGGGACUGCAUCUUUCCCGUUCCCAGGUAAAGAAGCUUUUGAACAAACCAUUAGUCCGAGAGACGUGUUACUACAGAAAACUGACAGACAGGGGGAAAGAUGAACCCACUCCUGCCUUUAAUGAAGCCCAGAUAGAAAACCUCACAGGUAACCGAGGGCUGAUUCCUGCUCUUAAAGCUUGUGCUCAGACUGAGGCCAGUGAGUCCAGUAAUCUGAUCGUGUACAACGGCGCUAUGGUUGAUAUCGGCAGCAUGAUGCAGAAACUGGAGAGGAGUGAGCGAGAAAGAGAGGAGAUAGAGCAGAGGCUUAUGACACAGGAUGUCAAAAAGGAGGAAAGUGCGAAGGUGAUAGCCGAGUUGGAGCAAGCAAACAAAACCCUGACCACGGAGCUGGAGGAGGUGAAAAGCACCCUCAGUCAAACCGAAGAGACUCUCAGCACUGUGCAGGAGCAGAAGACGAUCUAUUACGACCUGAUGAACAAGUCGGCCACCUCGCUGAUGUCCACCGUCAAAGGGCUGAUGGAAGUGCUGAACGAGGUGCCAAACGAGGAUCAGGAAGUAGAAGAAUCUGGUGUUGAAGCCACCAACGAUCAAACGGGAACAUCUCAGACGAACGGCGCCAAUGAAUAACUUUACAAAGAAAUGAAGAUGAUCUGCAACCCUGCUCUUUAAGUGUAAAUAUUUACCGAACAUGUUCUAGGAUUGGUUUAUCUGAACCGUCUGUGUCUCAAGUAUGUAUAUAAUUAAUUCAUAAACGUAGUUUUUCUUUUGUGAAGUUGUUUUUUGUUCUGUUUACUUUUCUUACUGACAGAUUUUAACCAUGGCAGAAGGUUGAAGCACCUAUUUUCAAAUUAAAUUAAAUUCAGUUGCUAACGUUUUAUUUUUUGUCCUGUUGCUUUAGCUUUGUACUGGCCAAUGAAGUGCCACUUUGUAGAUUGACAUGCCAGUGUGCGUGGUACUUGAGUUGAUUUAGUUUUUCUAAUGAGCAAUAACAGUGCUAUUUAUGUUCAAGAGAAUUCAGAAGAAACUAUAUUUAAAGAAACUAAUUUUGGAUGGAAGAGUGUUUAGAGAUGAUUCAUGAAGUUUGGAUUGAAUUCUUUAAAACAAAAUAAUCGUUUUAAUCUUUUUGCCACAGUUUCAUAAAUUCCUAGUUUGUAGUUUUUUUUUUUUUUUUUUUAUACAUUGAUGUGCAUGGUUCCUGCUUCCUUUGGACCUCUCCCCUGUCCUCCCGCACCUCUUGACCGUAUCCGUGGACUGACUGCAACAUCAGCUACAGUGUUGCAUAUUUUUACCACAAUGAGCAGGUUUUCUAAAAAGAAAACGAGACAAACUAAAAUAACUCGAUGAAUGUGUUCUCAGCUGAAGGAGUGAUGUCGGAUCCAUCCCUGGACUGUGUAUGUUGGUUUUGGCUGUUCCUGCAUAGAAAAACAAAAUAAAAACAGGUGCAGUUCCAUUUGACUAAAGCAGGCGCUUUUAUUUUUCUAUGAGAAAAAUGUACUCUGUUGAUGUCCUGUGCAAGAGUAAAUUAGUCCUUUUAACACUA